CGAUUCCGAUCGAGAAGGAAUUUCAGAAGAUGCUUGCCGGGUGUGCUACCUCGCCAAGGCUAUAAGUUUAACAUUAGCACAUGGACAGGAUGAACUAGCUAGACAGUAUUUACACCGUCGACCAGUCGAGCUAUCUCCAUGGGAGGUGGAAACAAGGAGAGGGGUAGCGACACAGACAGCAGAGGGCUUGGGGGCUACUACCCAAGCGCCUACUCGUCUCCGCCCAUCGCGUACCCUGCAUACCCUCCUCCGCAAGCCGGGCAUGGAUGCCCUCCGGCCUAUUACCCUCCACAGCCACAGGGAUAUGGGCAUGGCUAUCCAUCAGCAGGGGCGUACGGGUACCCACCCUCCAGCUAUCCACACCAUCAAGGUGGCUAUCACGGUCACGGAGGGUCUUUGCUUGUUGCCGGCGGUGCGGCGGCGGCGGCGGCCUAUGGCGCGCAUCACUUGAGCCAUGGCCAUCACGGCCACGGCGGAUACUACCACCGUCCUGCGGGUUACCAUCAUCAUUACGGCGGCAAGUUCAAGAAGCAUGGACGCUACGGUUAUGGCCAUGGCGGCAAGUUCAAGCAUGGCAAGCACAUGCGCCUCUUUGGAGGGAAGCAUGGCCUCUUUGGUGGAAAACACAAGUGGAAAUAGUUUUCUUCCAAGUUGAUCUAUCGAGCGGAGUGAACUAAUGUGAUGUUGGGAAUAAAUCCGUCUAUGUAAUAAUCAACUCCAUCCAUAUCCCAUAUCCAUAGCAUAUAUACUAUUAUAAAUAUGUAUAAUAAGUUCGUUCUGUGCGCGCACGUAUAGUCUACGUACAUGUGAAUGUCGGUCGCGAUGAAAUUUGCUUGGUCCGCACGUACAAAUGACGAAAGAAACGCGCGCAAUCCACACCCUGUACGGUCGAUCUGUAACCACGUGCCAAUUUAAACAUGCACCCACAUCUAUCUAUAUCUAUAAAUACGAACGUGCUCCCAUGCCCUCUCCUGCUUUCAGACAAUUUCGAUCUUGAUUAGUUUCCCUUCUUUGUGCACACAACGAGUCGAAGAGGUCGAGAUGACCAAGCUCAGCAGCAGCAACGUUGACGAUGGCUACGAGUACGAGGAAGAAUACAUCAACAACGCGCGCGGGAUGAAUCUCUUCACCUGCCGAUGGCUCCCCGCUAAUGCCAGACCAAUCAAGGCCCUCGUCUUCAUGUGCCACGGUUACGCGGUGGAGUGCAGCGUGACGAUGCGCGGCACCGGGGUUCGGCUGGCGCAGGCCGGCUACGCCGUCUACGGCAUGGACUACGAGGGCCACGGCAAGUCGGACGGCCUCAGGGGCUACGUCCCCUCCUUCGACGUCCUCCUCGGCGACUGCGACGCCUACUUCACCGCCGUCGUCGUCGCCAACCAAUCUCCUCAGCUGCCUCGGUUCCUGCUGGGCGAGUCCAUGGGCGGCGCGGUGGCGCUGCUGCUCCACCGGGCGCGGCCGUCCUACUGGGCGGGCGCCGUGCUGGUGGCGCCCAUGUGCAAGAUCACGGAGGAGAUGAAGCCGCACCCGGCGGUGAUCAAGGUGCUGGAGGUCGUGACCAGGUUCAUCCCGACGUGGAAGGUGGUGCCCACCAGGAACGUCAUCGGCGCCGCCUACCGGACGCAGGCCAAGCGCGACGAGAUCCGCCGCAACCCCUACUGCUACAAGGGCCGGCCGCGGCUCAAGACGGCGCACGAGCUCCUCCGGGCCAGCCUCCGCGUGGAGAGCGAGGUGCUCACGCAGGUGACGCUGCCCUUCCUCGUCGUGCACGGGGGAGGGGACAGGGUCACGGACCCCUCCGUCAGCCAGCUCCUCUGCCGGGAGGCGCCCAGCACGGACAAGACGCUCAAGCUCUACCCCGGCAUGUGGCACGCCCUCACCUCCGGCGAGCUGCCAGAGAACAUCGACAAGGUCUUCAUCGAUAUCAUCGCAUGGCUCGAUCACAGGUCCGGUCCGCCUGCGACCGCGCCCGAGAGGGACGACUGACGCCUCAUGCGCGGCAACCCAUCAUCCAUAGAACUUCUUUUCUUUUCUUUUUGAUUCAUGACGACAGUGAUCCAUGAACAUUAAUUAUCAAUUACUGUACACUCCAGCUAUACAUACUACAUAUAUUUAGGGCUACUACUCUCUA